AUGGCUGAGGGGAGCGCGGUCGUCGACCAAGAACGACUCCUGAGGAGGGUGCAGGAGCUGGAAGAGGAGGUGAAGCGGCUGGAGGAGAAGCUCCAAGAGGACAAGGAAGGCGCUGGGAGAAAAGAGGUUCCUUCGGCCCCCGGAAAAGUGAAGAAACGCCAACAACGGCCGUUCGAUUUUGGCGCCUACGGCCGCAGACACGUAGCCCUGAAGAUUGCCUACUUGGGCUGGGGUUACCAGGGUUUUGCCAGCCAGGAGAACACCAGUAACACCAUCGAAGAGAAACUCUUUGAAGCCUUGAAGAAGACGCGGCUGGUAGAUGACAGACAGACCUCCAACUACCACCGCUGUGGGCGGACGGACAAAGGAGUCAGUGCCUUUGGCCAGGUGAUUUCCCUAGAUCUCCGCUCAAACCUGUCGGAGGUGAAGAAGCUCAAUGGCCACGAGGAUGAGUCGGAAGGCAAAAGCGAGGGGGAAGAGGAGCUCCGUUACACCCAUAUUCUGAACAGGGUGCUACCGUCUGACAUCCGGGUGCUGGCCUGGGCCCCCGUGGAACCCGAUUUCAGCGCCAGGUUCAGCUGCCUCAAGAGGACCCACCGAUACUUCUUCCCCUGCGCCGACCUGGAUGUGGCCCUCAUGCACGCCGCAGCCCAGAGGUAUGUAGGGACCCACGAUUUCCGUAACCUGUGUAAAAUGGACGUUGCCAACGGGGUGGUAAACUUCCAGAGAACGAUCCUCAGUGCUGGAGUGACGUGGGUGGAGAGAGGAGGAGAAACCGGGCUGCAGGAUGCCUUCCGUCUGUGCCAGUUUGAAGUGACGGGACAGGCGUUCCUGUAUCACCAAGUCCGUUGCAUGAUGGCCAUCCUCUUCCUCAUCGGCCAGAGGAUGGAGAGUCCGGAGAUCAUUGAUGAGCUGCUGGAUGUGGAGAAGAACCCCCGAAAACCACAGUACAGCAUGGCAGUCGAGUUUCCCCUCGUCCUGUACGACUGCGAGUUCGAAAACCUUCAGUGGCUCUACGACCGAGAAGUGCAGGAGUUCAACGUUACCCACCUACAACAGCUCUGGGCCAACCACGCAGUCAAAACUCAAGUGCUACAUAACAUGUUACAGGGGUUAGAUGCCGCUCCUGUGGCUACUGGAAAAAGCCCAGGGAACAGCACAACCGUCCUCUGGGGAGAUACGAAGCCUCCGCUCCGCAGCCAGGUCAGCGGCUUUGUGGAAGGCGUCAAAGCCCGCACUUACAAACCU